AUGCGCUCACUGUUCGUCCUCGGCGUCGUGAUACACCUUGCGCUCCUCUACUCCAUCUUUGAUAUUUAUUUCUCAUCUCCGAUUAUCUAUGGACUUCCGGCGCACGAAAUUGCGCAAAGCGGCGCACCGGCGAAACGAGUGAUCUUCUUCAGUGCCGAUGGCCUCCGAUACGAUACAUUCGUCAAUAACCCGGACAAGUCUCCAUUCCUCCACGGCAUAAUCCGGAACAACCAGGGCGUAUCGGGCGUUUCCACAUCUCAUAUGCCAACGGAAUCACGGCCUGGACAUGUCGCUCUAUUUGCUGGUUUCACCGAAGAUGUCAGCGCCGUGACUGCCGGCUGGAAGAAGAAUCCGGUGCCAUUUGACUCCAUUUUCAAUAGAUCGGGCGAAUCGUGGUUGAUCGGAAGUCCGGACAUUGUGGAACUGUUCCCGGCUGCCCACAUCAAUAUCCAAAGCUACUCGGCUAGCGAAGAGGAUUUCUCGUCAAACGAGGCGCAUAAACUCGACGAAUGGGUUUUCCAGCGCUUUGAGAAACUGCUUCAUGAAGCUGACCGGGAUGCGAUGUUGGACCAAAGAUUGAGAGCGGAGAAGCGGAUGUUCUUUUUACAUCUGCUGGGUUUGGAUACGAAUGGGCAUGGCCAUAAGCCGGCUUCAUCGGAAUACAUCAACAAUAUCGCGGUGGUAGACGCCGGGAUAGAUCGAGUGACAAAGCUAGCGUCCGAAUUUUUUGGCGACGAUGGCACGGCGUUCAUCUUGACUGCUGAUCAUGGGAUGACGGAUUGGGGCUCGCAUGGUGCCGGUAGUGAUGCCGAGGUGCUGACCCCUUUCGUUGCCUGGGGCGCCGGUGUCAAGAGUUCUGGCGCAAGAAUUAAUAUUUCGCAGGUGGACGUGGCCGUCCUUCUCUCGUCAUUGCUCGGCGUCCCAAUCCCCGUCAAUUCGGCCGGCAUCUUACCGAAAGACGUUCUGGCUGCCAGCGAGGAGUACAUCUUCCGCGCCAAUUAUGCAAAUUUCCAACAGCUCCGCGAGCAAAUGAUGCAUCUGCGAGCGGAAAAGGAGCGCCGGCUCUGGUUUACUGAAUACAGCAAGUUUGGCACGCGGGCUUUGGAGUCACUGACCGAGCAGUUGCGGGCCUUGAGCCGGAAUCGCCGCUUCAAUGCCGCCACAACCAUGUGGACCGAACAUGCCCAAUUGCUACGAGAUGCGAUUUUUCACUAUCAUCGCUAUGAUAGAGGCUUCUUUGGGCUGUGCAUAUCCGCCUCUUUUCUACUCUGGGUGGCUCUGGUCAUUAGUGUUGUCACCAGACCAGUUCCCACUAAUAUCUACUCAAAAGCGAUGCUGACCCCUCCACCGGGCUUCAUCGCAUUGUACGUGCUCGUGAUGCUGCUCUGCCUCUAUUGCCGAUUCACAAUCACUUGUUCGGUCUAUGUUCUAAUGCCUAUAUUUUUGGCCACAUUGCUGAGAAAUGUUUACCGGAAUGCUGCUAGCCCGUAUUCGAAACCCGUCUCGGACCCGGCCCAAAAAAUCCGGCGCUUUCUGCCGUUGAUCGUUCUUUUAGGAUUUUCCAUUCUUCCAUUCGUCUCGGUGUUCUCGGACCGUCGUGCCUUGUCGCUCGUCUUCUUUUUGCUCAACCUUGUGCCCUAUGCUUACGGGAAAAUUGAACGCUAUGAUAGCAAACUGAUGUGGCAUCUGGUGUGUAGCGCCCUAUGUGUAUUUCCAUUCCUGUCGACGGUGGGCAGAGACCAACAUCCCUGGCUGUGCAUCUCGGCCCCAAUUGUUAUGGGAGUUAUAUAUCGGAUCGCAGCUGAGCACCAUUUCUUCGCGGCUAAUAACGAUAUCAUCCGAAAAGCGGCUUCUGCGAAUUUUUUCGCGGCUUUGCUCAUCUUCAUCACCGAAUAUACUCCCCUACUCAUCCGUGCGAUUUGUUGGAUGACAUUGCCCGCAGCAUUCAUCCUGCCCAUCCUAUGGUCUCGCCGGAAAAUCGUCGACCGCUUGGCCGCAUUUCUUGGAUUUCUCUUCGUACCAUAUUCAUUGCUCUCCAUCGCCUACGAAUCGGUGUUUGUUCUGUUUUUUGUGGCUCUACUAAUAUUACUGCUUCGAUUCGAGUUUGCAAAUUUUUCGGAUACGGUGCUGCUGCAGUUGGAAGCGGCAACGAGAAAAACUAGUGGAUUAUUCGACGAGUUGUCGGUACGUGAUGUCGUGAGAACGUGGACUGUCGUCGCCUUGGUCCUUGGCGCGCUGUUCGGGACGGGCAAUUUCGCCUCGCUGAAUUCUUUCAACCCAUCCACCCUCCAUCGCUUCAUCUCGGUUUUCAGCCCUUUUACAAUGGCCAUGCUUUUAGUCUUCAAACUAAUCAUCCCGUUGCUGAUGCUCACCAUGGUUUUCUCGGCAAUUCUUCUUUUCGAUAUUGAUGCAAUCAAUCGUCUCUCCUACCUAACGUUGGCCAUUACUGAUGUGAUCGCUAUGUGCCUUUUCUACCAACUGAAAGACACGGGCUCCUGGCUCGACAUUGGCCUAUCAAUUUCUGCUCAAUUGAUGAGCAACAAUCCACCCGAAGAUAUAAAUGGAGACGAUUCUCUACUUGACUGGGAAGCCGAAACUUCCUCUUUCCUCAACGACCCUGAAGCUGGUGUUACCUUCGAUGAAAGAGUCCGGAAAAUAGGCCGUGCACCGACAGAUGAAGAUGACGAGACCCUAGAAACCCUGCGAAAUGAACCGGGCCCCAGCCGUCAGCCAGGUCUCAAAAAGAUUUCGACGGCAGUCGCUCUCAAUAAUGUCGGCACUGAUCAAACGAGUCGCGCGAUCGUCGAAGAAUUCUUGGACAGCAUUUCUUCUGAACAGCGGGAACUCGUCAAAUCAAAUAUUACCACUUUAUUCGCCGAGCUGCUCGCCAGGGGUCGGACGGUGCCUCGAGAUCGACUUCGUAACUUCUUGCAGCGCGUUUUUCGCGAUCUGUCAGUCAAUGGAGAUAGGCUGUAUUUUGGCAGCGGGGUCAAAAUCAACCAAGACGCCAGCCGCUACAAUGAGGACUUCGUGGAGGUCAACCAGCUUGGAAAGGGCGGUUUUGGCCAAGUAAAGCACGUCCUUUCUCGACUCGACCAAUGCCAUUAUGCAGUGAAGAAAAUCCGCUUGAACCAGAAUUGCCCAGCGCCAAAGAAGGUACUUGCCGAAGUUAUGACAAUGGCUCGCCUUGAUCAUCCGAAUGUUGUACGAUAUCAUACGGCUUGGAUGGAGGCUGAUAGCCAAUCUACUCCGCCCGGUCGGCGAAGGCGCCUCUCGAGCCGGUGCGGCCCGAAGGUUGUCGAGCUGUUGAGUUCCGAUGAAGAAGAUGAAGAUGAUGCGCAGCCAGAAAAUAAUUUGCCUAGCAUUUCGGGACAUAAUGAAAUCGACCGGGAAGAGGAGGGCAGCUCUUACAAUCCAUCAUUUGGCGAUACCUCAUCGGCUAUUCGCACACCGGCUCCGAUGGGCCGUUUCUUUGCUGCCGGAGAUUCAUCUACAGAUUCAUCAAGUGAAGAGUCUAUCCCAGAUGAAAAGCAAGAACAAACAACACAAAAGUCGUCCAGCGGCUCGGAGACACCGACUGCUUUCACAUCUGGCUCUGUUUCAAUGCGAGAAGUCAUGGAACUGCGCGCGCCUGAACGCCUCUCAAAAAUGGCCAAAUUUGUCGAUAUGUCGCAGCAGACACUGCCUACAACUGGCCUCAACAUAUUCAUCCAAAUGGAACUUUGCGAGCAGACGUUGACGGAAUACCUUCAAGAACGAAAUGCAGCGAUGCACACUAACAUGUUGUCCGAAGAAAACGCCAAGGAAACACUGCGCUUUUCCAUCGACUUGAUGAGCGCCGUCGAAUAUCUGCACGCCAAUUUGGUCAUUCAUCGCGAUAUCAAGCCGGCCAAUAUCUUCCUAACGCAGAAGCCGGAUUGCAAACGGUUGAAACUAGGCGAUUUCGGACUAGCCACCCACGAGCCAAGGGAAGAUGUUUUCGUGCCUAUACAGCUCGACCGGAAGAUGUCAAUGGGCGUCGGUACGGCCUUGUACGCGGCGCCUGAACAAGUCAGGUCGUCCGAUUAUGGCAAUACGGUGGACAUCUUCAGCUGCGGGAUCGUGUUGUGCGAGUUGUUCGGUUGUUUCCAAACAAACAUGGAGCGUGUCGGAACAUUGGAAGCGGCGAGGCAGGGAAGAAUUCCGCUGUACCUCCUCAACUAUUCGCCGGACUUGUACAACACAGUCGUCACCAUGCUGUUCACCGAAUUGCCAGAAGCCCGCCCUAGUGCAGCCGAAGUUUUGCGACAUUUGGGAGGAAUUGACGAAGAAGUUUGUCACCCCGAGAGCCAGGCUGCGUGCAUUCGUCGUCUACGGGAAGAGGUGUGCGAUCUACGCCAACUUGUCGAUGCUCUCCAAGCAGUACGCGGAGUGUCGAUGAUGGCCAUGAAAGGAAGCUGGGAGAGCCCCUUU